CGUACGUACGUUCUUAGUUUAGUUUGUUCGUUCGUAUUGUCGCAGUCACAUCGCUCCGGUGCCCGCGCUUCGACAUUUCCCGCCAAAAGUGACGUAACAUAUCCGUGAUCUGUGUGAAUAUGUCAGUGACUUUUUAAAUUAAUUUUUUAAUAGCAAAAUUGUGAUCGAAGGAAUUUUUACAAGAUGACGGCUGGGAAUGAAGAGCAUGAGCCUCUAAUUACAUCGUCUGUCGACAAUCAGCGUGUGGCCUACAGUAAUUCACCACCGGAUGACCGCACACCAGAAUCUUCUUCACCCCGCGGCAGUGGCGGAGAAGUGACGCUAGCUAUACCAUCACACCGCAACUAUGGCGCCAUCGGAGGCGUGGAGAAGGUCACAUACACCUGGGCAGACAUCAAUGCCUUUGCCACCGAGUCUCGGUCCAGGUCCCGUAGAAUUUGGAACUUCUGGAAGCCCUCCGCAAGUGGGAUGUUCCAGCAGAGGAAACAGUUGUUGAGGAAUGUAAAUGGAGCCGCCUACCCCGGCGAACUGCUCGCCAUCAUGGGUUCCUCCGGCGCCGGCAAGACCACACUCCUCAACACUCUGACUUUCCGUACUCCAAGCGGGGUGCUGUCCAGUGGCACUCGAGCUCUGAACGGCCAACCAGCUACCCCUGAGGCGUUGUCAGCACUGUCGGCGUAUGUACAGCAGCAGGAUCUGUUCAUUGGCACGCUGACUGUGAAGGAGCAUUUAGUUUUCCAGGCUAUGGUGCGGAUGGACAGACAUAUACCGUAUGCGCAGCGAAUGAGGAGAGUUCAAGAGGUUAUUACUGAGUUGGCGCUAACAAAAUGCCAGAACACAGUGAUAGGCAUCCCUGGCCGGCUGAAGGGUAUCUCCGGCGGGGAGAUGAAGAGGCUGUCCUUCGCUAGCGAGGUGCUUACGGAUCCACCGCUCAUGUUCUGUGAUGAGCCAACCUCGGGACUUGAUUCUUUUAUGGCGCAGAAUGUUAUACAGGUACUGAAAGGUCUCGCACAGAAGGGCAAAACGGUGGUGUGCACGAUCCACCAGCCGUCCUCGGAGUUAUACGCCAUGUUCGACAAGCUGCUCAUCAUGGCUGACGGGAAGGUCGCCUUCCUUGGAUCACCUGAUCAGGCUAAUGACUUCUUUAAAGACCUAGGAGCAGCGUGUCCUCCUAACUACAACCCAGCGGACCACUUCAUCCAACUCCUGGCGGGAGUGCCAGGCAGGGAGGAGACCACGCGCACCACCAUAGACACUGUCUGCACGGCAUUCGCGCGCUCUGAAGUCGGGUGCAAGAUUGCUGCAGAAGCUGAAAAUGCACUUUACUUUGAGCGCAAGAUAUCGCAGGGCUGGGCGGACCCGGCGUGGUCGGAAGCCACGGCUAUCAGAGCUCGUCGCUCGCCGUACAAGGCGUCGUGGUGCGCGCAGUUCCGCGCGGUGUUGUGGCGCUCGUGGCUCUCCGUUACUAAGGAGCCCAUGCUCAUUAAAGUGCGCUUCCUGCAGACUAUUAUGGUAUCGAUCCUGAUCGGCGUGAUCUACUUCGGGCAGCACCUAGACCAGGACGGCGUGAUGAACAUCAACGGCGCCAUCUUCAUGUUCCUCACCAACAUGACCUUCCAGAACAUCUUCGCUGUUAUUAACGUAUUCUGCUCAGAACUGCCAAUAUUUAUCCGAGAACAUCAUUCCGGGAUGUAUCGAGCCGACGUGUACUUCCUAUCGAAGACGUUAGCCGAAGCACCCGUGUUCGCGACGAUACCACUGGUGUUCACAACCAUAGCUUACUACAUGAUAGGGCUCAACCCUGAACCCAAGAGGUUCUUUAUAGCGUCCGGAUUGGCUGCCCUGAUCACCAAUGUUGCUACGUCGUUUGGCUACCUGAUAUCGUGUGCCAGCAACAGCGUGAGCAUGGCAGCGUCAGUGGGACCUCCCAUCAUCAUCCCCUUCAUGUUGUUCGGAGGCUUCUUCCUCAACACUGGUUCCGUCCCACCAUACCUGGGCUGGAUAUCGUACCUGUCCUGGUUCCACUACGGUAACGAAGCGCUGCUGGUCAACCAGUGGUCUGGAGUGGAAACUAUCGCCUGUACCCGGGAGAACUUCACCUGUCCAGCCUCUGGGCAGGUCGUCUUGGAUACUCUUAGCUUUUCUGAGGAUGACUUCACAAUGGACGUGGUGAACAUGAUUCUACUGUUCAUCGGCUUCAGAUUCUUGGCGUAUCUCGCACUCUUGUACCGCGCUCGCAGAGGCAAGUGAGUCUUAGGUACAAAACGCUGCGAGAAUGGGCCAUAUGAAGGAAGAAAGUUGAAUAAAUAGUGUAAUUAUUUAGCCUGUAAGGAGAAUGUCAAUGGAGAUUUUAUAAAUAAAACAAUUUAUACCGUUUU